CUGGAUGAUUAUAUCAGGCUUCUGGAUUCUUGCAGCACAGCCAAAGAUCUGAUCUCAGUCAUGAAGCAAGAUGUACGAGACCUUCUGUCUUCCGCAAGAAGAAAGGAUGUUCAUGGCUUCCGCAGCUACCUUACCUCCAGAAAGAAGUCAAAGAAAAUGAUCCAGAAGUCUUUGAAAAACUUGAGAAGUUUCAGAAGUAAAGACAACAUCUUGUUCUUGGAGAAAGACGAUGAAACAUUGGCUCUUGUGUACAUGUUAAAAGAUUCAGAAUCGGUUACCUUUUCCCUGCUUGAGUCUUUGUUGUCCUACAUGAUGGGGACUAAGGUGCAAGAAAGGAAGGGUGGCUGGUCAUUGUUAUCAAAGCUGAUCCACUCCAAUAAAGUAUCUCAUCAAGGUGAAGAGACAUACUUGAAUGAAUUCGAGAAGGUGGACUCAUUCUUGCAACUGAGGCAAGAAAAUUCUGCACAGAUAGAGGAUCUUGUGAAUCACUUAAAAGAGAUGGACUCAAGUAUUCAAAUCCUUGAAGAAGAGCUAGAAUUCUUGUUCAAACAGUUAAUCAAAACCAGAGUCUUCCUCCUCAACAUUCUCAACCAUUAGCCAUUAAACUCUUCAUUAGAUUGAAAAUUUUGUAUAUCAGGGAAAGAUGGGUAGCUUAUACCUGUACAUGAAAUUAUACUUUUAUAUUCUGAAUGAUGAAAAUA